CACAAACCCAAAGACAUUUUACUCUCUGAACUGUGUCAACACGACUGUUAGGCAAUAAAACCUUCAAAUAUUUACCGAAGCCUCGUAAUACUAAAUCCAAGAGGAAACUAGGUGUGUCUCCUUUCGCAAACCGGAAGUGCUGCGGUGUGUGUCUAUGGCGUUAACACGUCGUCAGUCCAGAGGAACUCAUGAAUGAAGCAGGCCGAGAAGUUUUCGCUCAGAAACACUCGGGAUUUAUCCGGAUCCUGGAUGUGCAUGGUUUAAUUUCUGUCCGAAGGCUUCAUCGAUACAUGUUCGGCGCUGGAGCCCGUCUGGAGAAGUCUCUGAGCGGCUGUUUUCGGGAGUUUUGAAGCGCUGGUGGAAAAUGCCUCUGUUUGCAUGGAGUUUGUGUUGGUGUGCGGCGCUGUGCGUUCUGCCGUCUGUGUUUGCCGACGCUGAAGACGCUUCGCUGCUGGGAGGCUGGCAGGACGUGUGGCUCUUCCGCUUGUUCCUCAAUGUUUUGGGCUACGCCACCAUCAUCAUCCCUGGAUAUUUCCUAAUCAGCUACUUCAAACGAAUCAACUAUCUAGAAACCGGUCGUGGGCUUUGUUUUCCUGUCAUAAAGACGUGUGUGUUUGGGAAUGAAUCUAAGACUGGACUGCUGGAUGAUGCUUCGCCGGCGGCCAGAAACGAGUCUGAAUCCAGUUCAUCUGCUCCACAGGCCGUCAAACUCUUCUUCUGUGCUGCUGGACUCCAGGCGUCGUACCUGACGUGGGGUGUUCUUCAGGAGCGGGUGAUGACGCGCUCGUACGGUGCGACCGAGGUGGAAGGCAGCGGCGAGCGCUUCAGAGACUCUCAGUUUCUGGUGUUCAUGAACCGCAUCCUGGCGCUGACGGUGUCCGGUCUGUGGUGUGUCCUGUUCAAACAGCCCCGUCACGGUGCGCCCAUGUACAAAUACUCCUUCGCUUCACUGUCCAACAUCCUCAGCAGCUGGUGCCAGUAUGAAGCGCUCAAAUACAUCAGCUUUCCCACACAGGUUCUGGCCAAGGCCUCUAAGGUGAUCCCCGUGAUGCUGAUGGGCAAGAUCGUGUCGCGCAAGAGCUACGAGUACUGGGAGUACUUGACGGCCGUCCUGAUCUCGCUGGGCGUCAGCAUGUUCCUGCUCUCCAGCUCCACCGGCAAACACUCCUCCACCGUCACCACCUUCUCCGGCGUGGUCAUCCUCGGCGGAUACAUCGUCUUCGACAGCUUCACCUCCAACUGGCAGGACAACCUGUUCAAGUACAAGAUGUCGUCGGUGCAGAUGAUGUUCGGCGUCAAUCUCUUCUCGUGUCUCUUCACGGUGGGCUCUCUGCUGGAGCAGGGCGCCUUCUUCGACUCGCUGGCCUUCAUGAUGCGUCACUCCGAGUUCACGAUGCACGCCGUGCUGCUGUCGGUUUGCUCCGCCUUCGGGCAGCUCUUCAUCUUCUACACCAUCUCGCAGUUCGGCGCGGCCGUCUUCACCAUCAUCAUGACUCUGCGGCAGGCCAUCGCCAUCCUCUUGUCUUGCUUCCUCUACGGUCACGCCGUCACCCUGGUGGGCGGCUUGGGCGUAGCCGUGGUCUUCCUCGCCCUCUUCCUGCGCAUCUACGCCCGCAGCCGCGUUAAGAAGAGCAGCAAUCGGGCCGCACAGACGCCCGUUCAGAAGGUUUAAUCGAGCGCUCGUUCGGAUGUGUACAGAAGCCACAUUCUCGUGGCUUGUUCGUCUUUUUUUUUGUUUGCUGCAAAACUGGUGGUAUGUAUUCCGUAAGGUCGGACGGUACAGAAAGGGAUUAUUCUUUAUCUUAAUGGGUUAGUUCAUGCAAAAAUAAAAAUUCUGUCAUUAAUUACUCACCCUCAUGUCAUU